CAGCUGACCUCAGUUGCCCGCCAGACGUCGAGGGGGAGGAUGUACCGCUCUUCCUCUCCUCCUCCGACCUCCCUUCACUUGUUGAAUUUAUUUAUUUAUUUAUUUUUUCUUUCUCACGAGCGAGGGAAAGAGUGAGUGAGGGAGGUAAAGCUAACUCUAAAAAUGACUCAGAAAAAUAAAUAAACAAAAAAAAAUAAAAUAAAUAAAUAAAGAAUAAAUGAUUGGAAGAAAGGAAGAAAGAGAGAAGGAAAGAGACGAAUGAGGAAAUAAAGAAAAAGAAAGAAGAGGAAACAGAAGAAGCAAGAAAAAUGUGUUUGUUUCCACUGUUUGUGUGUUUGUUGGUUCACUGUGCAGUUGGGGUAGGUGCAACUAGUGAAGGCGACAGCAGAAGCCUUAGGAACCCCCGAGACAGCAGCGGAAGUGGUGGUGGUGGUGGUGGUGGUUACUGGGUCGGCACAACGCAGCCUUACUUUGCAGCCUUGCCCACAAACCUCACCAUUCUGUCUGGCAGCACGGCGAGGCUUACUUGUCGUGUGCAUCUGCUGGGAGACCGUGCUGUAACUUGGAUGCGGCUUCAGGACUUUCAUAUACUGACAGUGGGCCAAGUCACCUACACAGCUGACGACAGGUUCCAGGUGACGCACGUGGCUGGGGGCGAGGACUGGACGCUGCACCUGAGGGGGGCGCGGGUGGCAGACACGGGCGCCUACGUGUGUCAGGUCAACGCGCGCCCCAGGAUUGCGCGGCGUGUCUACCUUACUGUCACGGACAAGGAGAUGCUGGAAGGACUUCUCACACACCCCUCCCUGAACCAAGGGCACCUACACACACACAUCCCAGGGUCACCAGACAGACACAUUCAAAUAGGAUCCUCUCUUCUUCUUACUUGUGUCGUCACCCACCCCCCCGCCGCCCCCCCUCCGCCCUCGCGUGGUACCGGGGGGCGCCCUUCUGCUCCUUGAUAACCACGGGGGCGCCUCUCCCUUCAGGUGGAGCGCGAGGGCACACACACCACCUCCCGCCUGCACCUGGGCGCCCUCACACCUGCUGACGCCGGCACCUACACCUGUGUACCCGUGGGGGGCGUGGGGGCGUCCGUCAGUGUACACGUGACCCAGGACGAGAGAAGAGCAGCCGUGCAGUGGGAGGGGCUCAGUGGGGGAGAGGGGAGGGUGGGAGGAGAGGGGGCCCCACUCCUCCUCCUCUUCCUCCUCCUCCUCCUCCUCCUCCUCCCUCUUCCUCUUCCUUCUUCAAAUGUGCUGGGGAAUGUUUAUUGUUCUUCCUAGCACUUCUAAGAGUUCGCUAGGUCAGCAGAGGGAGAAGGAAGAAGAGGAGGAGGAAGAUGAAAAGGAGAAGAAUUAGAGGAAGAGGAGGAGGUAAAAGGAUGAUGAUAACAGUAAGAACAAGAAUAGGAGAAAAGAAGAGAAGAAAAAAAGACUUUCAGCUCACCAAACUGAACAUCAGCUAACAACAAAACCACCAAUUUGAGACAAACAAGACUAGAUAGCUGGGGAUGUGGCACUCCCCCUGACACCCUGCCGCCCUAUGCCUGCUGUGGGGGCACCUCCUGGUCUCUGGUGAUGAGCGGAGCGGUCUUGUGGUAACGUUUGAGAAAGGACUUCUUCUUGGAUGGCUUGCUCGUUCCCUCCAGCUCCAGACCGUUGCUGCUGCUGUGGUUGUGGUGGUUGGCUGGAGAGAGAGAGAGAGAGAGAGAGAGAGAGAGAGAGAGAGAGAGAGAGAGAGAGAGAGAGAGAGAGAGAGA